AUGGAGGAAAUUCUCAGAGAAGCACACAGCCGGCGUCGCCAUAGGGAGUUCGCCUUGACGCGUUACCAAAACUUCUACUGUUACAAGUAUUCGCCAGCGCGAAGGCGGAAACAAUGGCCUCCUACUUCGAAAGAUCUGAGCUCCACAGAUUUUGUGCGCAGGCCAGAUGCAGUCCCGAACCUACGGAGCAUUGGUGCCGUUCUAGACGAGUCGCAUGAUGUCACUAACACUGCGCCCUCGUUCUGUAGCGAACUGCGCAAUAUAGCGCAACUCGCUGCUGGGAGAGACGUUAUCUAUCACCCUCUGCACAAUGGAGAUACCAUCAGAAUUAUGGAGCUUCAUCGAGGUCGGUUCGACGACCCACUGUCUUGCUCCUUUCAUUACGCAAGCUUGCGAAAUCUACACCUGGAGUACGACGCUCUUUCAUACGUCUGGGCUGAGAGGACCCCAUUUUGGGUCUCCGACAGCUACCGCCACGGUUUCACAGCUUCCAUGGAGUGUAAUGGCCAUUCAACUGCCAUUGGUGCCAACCUAGAAAACGCGCUGCGACACAUUCGAUCCCCAUCAAGUCCUCUAUUCUUAUGGGCGGAUGCAAUUUGUAUCAACCAAGAUGAUGUCCUAGAGCGAGGACAUCAAGUCGGCCUCAUGGGGUCCAUCUAUCGUAAUGCCAAGAAGGUGGUCUUCUGGAUCGACGAAAACGAUGCGCCUGGUAUCUGGGACGAAGAAGUCGGGGAGAUCAAGCAGGAACCAAGAGUUACUGAAGAUGUAAGGGCCCAGCGUGCCUUUGGCGCGAUUUGCGACAUUGUGAAUCGAUGGAAGGCUAUUGGGCCGGCCGGGGAAGUCGCGAAGUAUACCGUUCGCUUGCCAUUUCCGCCUUCGUCCGAAUUAGAGUUUAGCUCUUUCGAAGAGUAUCCUUGGGUGGCCCAAAAAUUCGAAGACGAAAGGCUCUUGCGUAAGAUUCUGGAAACCGUCUACCAUCCGCGGCGUCGGUUUCAGCUUCCCCUGGACUCCGACGGAGACAAGGACGCUCCGCCGCCCGAUCAUGGUAUCGACACAUCACCGGAAGAAGCUUCGAAUUCGCAACUCUGGCUCUCAAUUGCCGACGUGUUCCAUCGUUCAUGGUUCUGGCGAGUAUGGGUCAUCCAGGAGGCCGUGCUCGCCAAGGACGCAGUGGUCAAAUGGGGAAACGUUGAAAUCGACUGGCGAUGGGUGGGUCUUUCUGCUGCAAUCAUUCGUUCCAAUUAUCAUGGCAUAUGCGAGGCGAUGCAGAUGGGUGGCGUGUACAACGCGUAUCUUAUCUUUCGCAUGUCACGCUUGAGCGAUCUUCCUCCACUGCAGGUGACGUUUCCGCACCUGCUGAAACUGACUCGACAGUUCGAAACUACGGAUCCACGGGACCGCGUCUAUGGGCUUCUUGGAAUGAAGUCCGGUGGCAAUGAACCUGAUAGCGGUCGUCUUUUUAUCACUCCAGAUUAUACCAUAUCUGCAGGUGAGCUCUGGGUAAGACUGGCCCGCCAGGUGAUCCAAAGCUCACAGAAUCUGUCGAUUCUUUCAAGCGUUCAAUCCACAUACGGCGGAGCCCAAAGCGAAGACGCCACAAGAGACCCCCCUGACGAUUCUGAUGAUGAGGGAAGCGGAAGGCUACCCUCUUGGGUUCCCAACUGGCAAUUCGUCUAUCGAACCUCGUUAACCGCGUGGGAUGCCGAUGAUUCUUUCACGGCUGCAAAAAUGCUCCCACUCCAGCUGACCGCACAGCCUGAGUCGGCACCUCGAAUCCUCGGCGUGCAAGGCAUCAAGAUUGGUACAGUGGGAUGCGUGCACGAGCACUUAUGGCACGACGAAGACACAAUACCUUUGGCCUGGGAGCAUCUUGGACCUUUUUUUGCAUCCGAAGCAGGUUUCCGUCUCCUUGCGAGGACAUAUACUGCAGGCCGCAAUGCAUAUGGCUCUCUGACUGCGCCAACCGACGAGCAUGCGAUGUGUGAUUUUGCCGCCUACAUCCGUUCACUAUACGAGAAAGACGCGCGUCUUGACGAUGAAGGGCGCGAACACUACAGCUGGCUCCGUAUUACUGGACGCUAUGGUGCGUUGCAGGCGUGGGCGAGCUUACCGUCGUUGUUUAAAAUGCAUCCCGGGUUGAAAGAAAGGCUCGAAAAUUGGGGGAGGCGGGGCGAUGCGAACCGUUUUGCCGAGACUGCAUACGCUGUUUGUAAACGUAGGAGGUUAUUUUUGACGGUGAAUGGCUUUCUGGGGAUAGGGCCGGAUACGGUGCAAGAAGGCGACUUGGUGACUGUCCUCUCUGGGGGCGACGUCCCAUUUCUCCUGCGACCGAUCGCACAUACCGAUUACUCCGACGUUUCGGCGCUUGAAUGCCUCUCAACAGAUGCACCACUUAUACAGGGAUACCUUCUCGUGGGAGAAUGCUUCGUGGAAGGCUUAAUGCAAGGCGAAGCAGUACAGGCAUUGGACCGAGACCUACCGUUCACAGGACCUAUACCCACCGGGCUGGUCGCUCAGAAGAUUCUGACCUUCGUGAACUUACCGGUCGACGAUUUCAAUGAUGCUUCGUGGGAUGAGAGCGAGUGGACCGAAGCAAAGAAGAAGGAAGGACCCAAAAGACACAUCUUCACUGUAGAAAUACUGGAACACCAUAAGUCAGCACGACUUAGGAAAGAGUCUUUUGCCAUAUGGUAG